AUGGGAGCUUAUAAGACAAUUGGCAGACUUGAGCCUUUUACUCAUGAUUUUAAACUAUAUAUAAGGUAUAGUAAAAAGCAAAAGAGCUUCCUUCUUAAAUAUUCAGAUACAGGUGAAUUGCAUUCUGCCAUACCUUCUGAUAUUUUGACUUUAAUGCCAUUUGAAUCCUCAAUUGAACUAAUGAAUAGAUUUAAGUGGUUAGAUACAGAACGAUUCAUGUUUACUAAUGUUGAAGGUUAUGAAAAAAUAGUCAGUAUAAAAACUUAUUAAGUACUGGCCUAGAAUUACAGACCUCUUUUCAAUGAUAUUUCAGGUGAAGAGUGGAAAAUUUGGCCUUAUUAUAACCUCAGAGAAGAUUUGAAAACUGAUAUAUUGUCUAGAUUGAAAAGAAUUUAUCAAAUGUAUAAGACCUUGUAUUAUCUACAUGAUUUUAAUGGACCAAAUGGUUAAAAAGAAGAUUAAGCUCAAGACAAUUUAACCUGGAAUGAUUGA